AUGAUAUACGACACCGAGAAAAUACCGGGCACUGUUCACCUCGUUGACAACAAUGGUGAUAUGCAUGCCGAACACUCGGAAGGAGCUAAAGAUGUGGUGUUAGUCCCAACUCCAACUGACGAUCCAGAUGAUCCACUAAACUGGUCUUUCAGAAGGAAGAUGCUGUGUAUGUUUUGUCUGAUUCUCUACAACUUGGCCAUUGGUAUUCCAGCUUCCGCUAUCUACUCCGUUCUGACUCCAAUCAUCGAAAACACCAAUCUGACUCUCUCCAACCUCAACAAUGGUACGGGUGUCAUGUUUCUGUUCUUUGGAUGGGGUUGUCUUCUCUGGCAGCCCAUGGCUCAGCAGUACGGAAAAAGGCCUGUCUACAUAUUUUCCGUGUUUGUGUAUAUCUUUUUGAUGGUAUGGGCACCUUAUACCACUUCUUCAGGAGAAUGGAUUGCUUCCAAAUUAUUACAAGGAUUCUUUGGUGCUCCAGCGGAAUCACUGGGUGAGAUCACCAUUGCUGAUAUUUGGUUUGAACAUGAACGUGGAAGAUGGAUGUCUGUUUAUGCUCUUUCUCUCUUCGUUUCCAAUUCCAUUGCUCCAUUAGUUGCCGGUUUCAUCUCCGAUGGCCAAAGCUGGAAAUGGGUGUGUUUUUGGUGUUCUAUUUUUGACGCUGCUGCUGUGAUUUUUCUUUUCUUCUUCUUCGAAGAGACCAACUAUAUCCGUCAGCACAUAUCACCAGAUGAUGAGAUUGAAGAGGCGCCAAUGGAGAAACAAGCUGGCAUUGUUACUGUGGAACAAUCAGAUUCAAACCCUGAGCCAGUUAAACGUUUCAUUGACAUGACUAAGCCAAAGAAGACCUACAUGCAGAAGUUGAAGUUCUUUGACAAGCCCCGCCCGUUUGUAAUUCACAAGCUUAUGUGGCGUUCGCUUACUAUGUUUAGAUUUCCCGGUGUAUGCUGGGCCGGAUUCUACUACGGCUUGUCAGUGGUUUGGAACAACAUCCUUAAUGGUACCUCGUCUACAGUCUUAUCUGCUGCACCAUACAAUUUCUCUGCCUCCAUGGUCGGUCUGACUUACAUUGCUCCUAUCGUGGGCAAUGUAAUUUUCACUUACUGCAGUGGUAACCUUGGUGAUAGACUCAGACUCUAUAUUGCUAGAAGGAGAAACGGAAUUUCUGAGCCAGAGGAUCGGUUGUGGACAGCUAUCAUCUAUUUGAUGGUGUGUCCUGGUGGAUUUAUUUUGUGGGGUGUUGGUGCCUGGGCAGGCAUUCCAUGGAUUGGAAUAGUGAUUGGAAUGGGUAUUGUUAGUGGCUCUGGUAUUAUGGGUUGUCACUGUGGUGUCAACUAUGUAUUGGAGUCUUACGGUGAACUUGGUUCCUGUGCUCUGGUUCCUGUCAUUAUUAUCAGAAACACCAUGAGUUUUGGAGUUAGUUGGGGAAUCACACCAUGGUUUGAAAAUCAAGGUUUGAAGAAGAUGUAUAUUGCAGCUUGCUUCAUUUCGCUCGCUGGAAUUGCGACCUUUAUUCCAAUGCUUUACUAUGGAAAGAAAACUAGAGUUGCUACCAAGCAUGCCUACUGGAAGUAUGUUCAAGAAGCUUCGGAUCUUGGUUUGCCUCACUAA